GAGCAGAAGUCCGGUGCUGGCCUCUCGCGGUGUUUGCAGGGCGUGCAGCGGCUGUACGCCACUUCUCGUCGGCUACGGGAUCCAUAUGCUUGCGAAAGCAAGGCUUAACAAAGCGAUGGCAACUUCACCAAAUGUGCAGCUAAGAGUCUAAAACACACCGGCAACUCAACACGUCUUCACGGAACUCUAAAGAACCACCCACCUCCCCGGUAGCGGAAAGCUUGUCAACUCCGGUGAAAGGAGCGAUGGACCCGAGAGACACAGCCCCGGAUUCGUGGGAGCUAGAGGAGGAUGCCGAGGCCCCGGCUGCCGCGGCGGAGCUCCCGGCCGCCUUCGCUGCUCUCAACGUGAACGCCAAGCCCUUUGUACCCAACAUCAACGCCCCGGCGUUCAUACCGACCGUGUUUCAAGCCAGCGCCGUGGAAAUUCCGGCUUCAGACGGUGCCCCGGAUCCAGUUGCCAGCAUGGAGGUGGCAGAAACAGCAGCAGCUUGUAUGGUUCCAGCAGCUCCGGUGGAGAAUGGAGGCACAGAGGCAGACAUGACCACAGAGGAGGAGACGUGGGAGCAGAAGGAGGAGCCUGGGGGAGAAGGAGAGGGAGGAGGAGGAGGAGGAGGAGGAGGAGGACAGGAGGACCUGGGUUCAGGAGGAGCCUGUGAAGAGGGCACCACGAGGAUGGAGGACGAGGAGAUGAUGGAGGAGGAAGAGGAGGAGAUGCCCAUGCCCAAGGUGGCGCCGGGCCCGCCCAACGCCCCCAAGAAAGAACACGUGAACGUGGUCUUCAUCGGUCACGUGGAUGCCGGUAAAUCAACGAUUGGAGGACAGAUCAUGUACUUAACUGGAAUGGUGGAAAAGCGAACCCUGGAAAAGUAUGAAAGAGAAGCGAAAGAAAAGAACAGGGAGACAUGGUACCUGUCGUGGGCGCUGGACACGAACCAGGAGGAGAGAGACAAAGGGAAGACGGUCGAGGUCGGGAGAGCUUACUUUGAGACGGAGAAAAAACACUUCACCAUCCUGGAUGCCCCCGGACACAAGAGCUUCGUCCCCAACAUGAUUGGCGGAGCGUCACAAGCCGAUCUGGCAGUCCUGGUGAUAUCGGCAAGAAAGGGGGAGUUUGAGACCGGCUUUGAGAAGGGUGGGCAGACACGGGAACAUGCCAUGCUGGCUAAAACGGCCGGAGUCAAGCACCUCAUUGUCCUGGUCAACAAGAUGGAUGACCCCACUGUCCACUGGAGCCUAGACAGGUAUGAAGAGUGUAAGGAGAAGCUGGUUCCAUUUCUAAAGAAGGUGGGCUUCAACCCUAAGAAGGACAUCCACUUUAUGCCUUGCUCCGGACUCACAGGUUCCAACCUCAAGGACCCCGUACCCGAGUGCCUCUGGUACACGGGUUUGCCAUUUAUUGCCCAUCUGGACAGUUUGCCAAACUUCACCAGAUCCAACGAUGGACCAGUCAGGCUACCUAUUGUAGACAAGUACAAGGACAUGGGCACAGUUAUUCUCGGCAAGCUGGAGUCUGGAUGCAUCAGUAAAGCCCAGCAGCUGGUCAUGAUGCCAAACCGGCACACUGUGGAGGUAUUGAUCCUGCUGAGCGACGACGUGGAGACAGACGAUGCGUGUCCUGGCGAGAAUCUCAAGUUGAGGCUGAAGGGCAUCGAGGAGGAAGAAAUCCUUCCCGGCUUCAUCCUGUGCAGCCCCGACAACCUCUGCCACUCCGGCCGCACCUUCGAUGCACAGAUCGUCAUAAUUGAGCACAAAUCAAUCAUUUGUCCUGGUUACAAUGCAGUCCUUCAUAUCCACACCUGCAUUGAAGAAGUGCAAAUCUCAGCCUUAAUCUGUAUGGUGGACAAGAAAUCAGGGGAGAAAAGCAAAACACGACCGCGCUUUGUGAAGCAGGACCAGGUGUGUAUCGCCAGGCUCCGGGCAGCUGGAGUCAUCUGCUUAGAGACCUUCAAAGACUUCCCUCAGAUGGGACGAUUCACACUGCGAGAUGAAGGCAAAACUAUCGCCAUCGGCAAAGUGCUGAAGCUGGUGCCAGAAAAGGACUAAAUGCAACGGCGGCAGCAUGCAUGGAGUUCUUCCACCCGUUACCAGAGGAGAAACCGCUGCUACAGCCGACCCAAACAGCCACUCUCUCUUUACACCCAAGUAUGCUGAAGAGAAGAGCAAUGACAACGAGGAGUGAUGAUGGAGAUUAAAAUUGCUCAAAUGAAGAAAACAAGACUGAAUCAGUUUUUAUGAUGAACAAUAUGAAAAUAGA